AUGCGCCUUCUCAAACGUGACGGAAAUGGCGCAAUCAUCAUCGAAAGCUUCAGCAACGGGCUGGCACCUCCUUAUGCGAUAUUGUCUCACACAUGGGGCCAAGACAGCGACGAAGUAACUUUUGCAGAUAUCGUCAAUGGAAACGGCGAGCGUAAGGCCGGUUACGAAAAGAUCCGCUUCUGCGACUUACAAGCACAACAUGAUGGUCUACAGUACUUCUGGAUCGAUACGUGUUGCAUCAACAAAGACGACAAGGCUGAACUUUCUCAAGCUAUUCAGUCAAUGUUUCGUUGGUACCAGAACGCAAAAGCAUGCUUUGUCUAUCUAUCAGACGUACGAACAAAGAAAAGAAGAUUUGAAGAAAUAGUAGAUGAGCCCGAUUGGCAGGCUAUGUUUAGAUCUAGCCGCUGGUUCACGCGUGGCUGGACGCUCCAAGAGCUGAUUGCGCCGUGCACGGUCAGGUUCUUCUCCGAGGAAGGGGACGAACUGGGUGACAGAUCUUCACUACGAUGCUUAAUCAACAGGAUAACCAGCAUUCCCCUUGAAGUGCUAGAUGGAAGUACAUUGUCCCAAUUCAAAUGCGACGAACGGCAGCGAUGGGCAAACGAGAGGAGCACAAAGCUUAAAGAGGAUAAGGCAUAUGCCUUAUCAGGUCUUUGCGGUGUACACAUUGCGCCUGUAUACGGGGAGGGUGAAGAAGAAGCGUUCAGACGGCUUCGCCGGGAGAUUGAGAAGCUGGAAGCCUGCAUUCGUCACUUGCGCGAUAGUGAUCCUCGUCACGACAAAAAGCGCAUUGAAGAAACGAAGGGCGGUUUGCUGGGCGAUCCUGGCAAAGGCAAAACAAUGCUGCUAUGCGGUAUAAUCGACGAGAUACAGAAGAACAUACGACACAACACGGUCGCGUACUUCUUCUGCCAAGCGACAGACUCGCGCAUUAAUAAUGCCGUAGCGGUUUUGCGAGGACUGCUGUAUAUGCUUCUGGAUCAGCAGCCACUCCUGGCGCGGCAUGUCCAAAAGCAACACGAGCAUGCAGGCAAACAGCUAUUUGAGGAUUCAGACGCAUGGGUAGCACUAAGAGACAUCUUCACAGACAUCCUUCAGGAUCCAAGCCUUGGCAGGACACGUCUUGUCGUCGAUGCCUUAGACGAGUGCAUUGUUGAUCUACCAAAGCUGCUGGAUUUUGUGGCUAAACAGUCAUCGGCAUCUCCGCACGUUAAGUGGGUCGUGUCUAGUCGCAACUGGCCUAAUAUUGAAGCACAGCUAGAGCAGGCAGGACACAAAAUCAAGCUGAGUCUUGAGCUGAAUUCAGAAUCAAUAGCCACGGCGGUUGGCGCCUUCAUUGAGCAAAAGAUGAACAUUCUAGCUACUGAGAAGCAGUACACACCAGAAAUGCAGCUAGAAGUGCUUCAACACUUGAACUCGAACGCCAAUGAUACCUUUUUGUGGGUGGCAUUGGUUUGUCAGAAUCUGGAGAAAACACCUAGAAGGCAUAUACGGAAAAGCCUCACCGAAUUCCCACCUGGUCUGGACGCUCUGUAUGAGAGGAUGGUGAGCCAGAUUGGUGCGUCAAAGGAUGCAGAAACCUGUUUGCAAGUUCUAGCGUUGGCUGCAGUUUCAUAUCGACCUAUAACCAUCUCUGAGCUAGUCGCUCUAGCCGAACAAGUUGAGAAGAAUGCUGAAGACGUAGAUGAGAUUGUCGCUCUCUGUGUAUCUUUCCUCACGCUACGAGAAGGCAUCGUUUACUUUGUCCAUCAAUCAGCUAAAGACUUUCUGCUCACCAAAGCAGCUUCGCAGAUCUUCCCAGACGGAGCAGAGGCUGUCCAUUGUUCGACCUUCUUGAGGUCCAUGGAAGUCUUGUCUAGCACACUGCAUAGGGACAUUUAUGAUCUCAAAGAGCAAGGAAUUGCUACCGAGGAUAUUACAAUACCCGCUCAAGACCCUCUCGCCCCUGUACGCUACUCUUGCACUUACUGGGCCGACCAUCUCUGCGACUCGAAUCCUGACUGGUCAGCUAACAAUGCAGAGAAUCCAAAACUCUUAGCUACAAUCGAUGAGUUCUUUAAGAAGACAUAUCUAUACUGGAUCGAGGCGCUCAGUCUAUAUCAGAGCGUAGAACAAGGCAUCGCAGCCGUUGCUAAAGUGCUUCAACUAGUGCAGAAUGACCAAAGUCUGAGUGAACUUACUGCACUCAUUAAUGAUGGAUGGCGUUUCAUCAUGCAUCACAAGAGUAUGAUCAAAAGAUGGCCACUACAGAUCUAUACAUCGGGGAUACUGUUCAGUCCUAUAAUGAGCAUCAUCAAAAAUAUCUUCAAAUCCCAAGCACAAGGGUGUAAUAUCCAACCAGAUCUAGAACACGGCUGGGGGCCGUGUCUACAGACGCUCGAGGGGCAUGGCAGUCGGACGGAAUCAGUAGUCUUCUCGCCAGAUGGAACAAGUCUGGCAUUCGUGUCACACUAUGAGGCCGCCCAGAUCUGGGAUGCGCGUAGUGGGCAGUGUCUGCAGAUCCUCGAGGGACAUAGCGAAUGGGUCCGCUCAGUAGCCUUCUCGCCUGAUGGAACGAGGCUGGCAUCAGCGUCAGAUGACAAGACCGUCAAGAUCUGGGAUGCGCAUAGCGGGCAGUGUCUACAGACGCUCAAAGGGCAUCGCGAUCGGGUCAACUCAGUAGCAUUCUCGCCCGAUAGAACAAAGCUAGCAUCGGCUUCAGACGACACGACAAUCAAGAUCUGGGACGCGAAAAAUGGGGAGCGCCUACAGACGUUCGAGGAGCAUGACAACUGGGUCAGCUCAGUAGCCUUCUCACCUGAUGGGACGACGUUGGUGUCGGCGUCAAAUGAAAUCAUUAUCUGGGACACGCAAAAUUGGCAGUGCCUAAAAACGCUCAAGAAGGGGUAUAGUUUUAUCAAUUCGGUAGCCUUCUCGCUCGAUGGAACCAGGCUGGCUUCGGCGUCAGAUGUUGCCACAACUAAGAUCUGGGACAUGCAAAGUAGGUAUCACUUACAAACGCUUGAGAGUCAUAGUGGUCGAAUCGACUCAGUAGCCUUCUCGCCCGAUGGAACGAGACUGGUGUCGAUGGGAAACGAGGUUAAAAUCUGGGAUGCGUAUAGUGGGCGGUAUCUACAGACGGUUGAGGGACCUAGCCGUUGGACCCAAUCAGUCGCCUUUUCGCCCGAUGGAGCACAUAUCCUUACCACUGAGGGCAAGUUUCACCUUGAUGCCUCCAUUAGUGGCACUACUAGCAAUAUCAUCAAUCUUGGCGAUGUGCAGAAUGUUGAUAGAGAUAUUUGCGUGGACCGCUUCAACAACUGGAUUUUACUAGAAGGAGAGAAGAUUCUCUGGAUUCCUCCAGAGUAUCGCGGUUCGAGGUCCGCUGUCAAAAACAACAAGAUUGCAAUUGUCACGUAUUCUCGUACAGUAUGGAUAUGCACUAUCGAUGGCUCGGUUGGAACUUCUUAG